AUGUCAACUACCCCUACCUGGCUCAUUACCGGCGCCUCCAAUGGCCUCGGCUUAGCACUGGUGCUCCAUGUCCUCGAGCGUGGGCAUAGGGUUAUCGGCUCCGUUCGCAGCAAGACCAAGUCAGCCUCUGCCGUAAAGCAGAUCGAAAAGGCCGGCGGCUCCGUCUUCGAGAUGGAUAUGACCGAGUCCAAGGAGAGCAUCACCACCAAAGUCCAGGCCCUCGGCAGCAUCGACUACCUGGUCAACAAUGCAGGAUACUCCAUUUUGGCGGCCUGUGAGCAGAUAACCGACAAGGACGCCCACCUCCAGCUCAACACCAACUUCUUCGGCCCCCUGUACGUCAUGCAGGCAGCUCUCCCAGGCAUGCGCGGUAACAAGUCGGGGAGCAUUGUCAAUGUCUCCAGCGUGGCGGCCCGAGACCCGUUGGCUGCCUGCUCCCUCUAUGCCGCUUCCAAGGCGGCUCUUGAGGCCGCGUCCGAGGCCUUGGCUAAGGAGGUCGCUCCCCAAAACAUUCGCAUCCUCAUCGUCGAGCCCGGCAAUUUUCGCACCAACUUUGUCAGCGCCCUGUCCGAUAUGAGCCCCGACGCGUCCGCCGUCCCAGAGUACUACGAUGACCCCGUUGGAAUCAUUGUGCGAAAGUUCCUGACUGUCCACGGUAAGCAGAUUGGCAACCCCGCCGAGGGCGUCCAGCGCAUCUUUGAGGCAGUCACCGGACAGGGUCUUGCUGGCAGUCUCACCGGCAAGUGCCUUCGCCUGGUCCUCGGAUCUGACGCACUCCGAAGAAUCAAGGCCUGGAACGAGAACUGGGCCAAGGAGGUCAGCCUCCAGGAAGAGACUGCUAUUAGUACCGACUUUAAGGAGUAG